ACGGGACGCCGUACGCUCGACCGCUACCAUCCCGCCACCCCGCGCAGAAACAGGGGUACGGCGGACCGCCUCCCGCCCACCGCGUCGGCCCGCCUUCCGCCGCCUCGCCGCGCUGGUAGCGCCCUGGCAGCAGUUACGGGAGCGCGGAGGAGCCGUUACGCUACAGUGCAAAAAUGAUCAUCCCAGUCAGAUGUUUCACAUGUGGCAAAAUAGUUGGAAACAAGUGGGAAGCCUAUCUUGGCCUUCUGCAAGCAGAAUAUACAGAAGGAGAUGCCCUGGAUGCCCUUGGUUUGAAGAGAUACUGCUGCCGCAGAAUGCUCCUAGCCCAUGUGGAUCUGAUUGAGAAGCUUUUGAAUUAUGCACCCCUGGAGAAAUGAGAUGAAAAAAGUACCAUGCUGCAAGCCAUGUGGAACGUAUCUCUAAUUCUAAACUUGAAGCUGGACUUCAGGCGGUAAAGGAUGAAAGCCACCUGUAAUGCAACCAUUGAGAGGUGUUUACUUUCUGGAGAAGAUAAUGCCUCGAGCCACUAACCUUUUUCAAGGAAACAAAGGAAAGAUGAAGUCCACUUAACCAAGAUUUGGAGAUUAAAUUGAAAGUUUGGAUGCUUCUUUUUAAAUUCUGUUUGGAGUUGUUUUGUGAACUUUUAGAUGCAUCUGCCAGCAAAAAUAAAUGUUUGUUCGUGUAGAAAAAUUAUUGUAUUUCAUAAAAAUGUUGAAAUAAAGGAGGCGUUUCCCUGUAGCCUUCCUACA